GCGCUACACAUAUCAUUAGAGGUGACUACCUGGGGAUUUCAGGUGGUGCUAACCGAUCCGGCAAUAGCUGUACGAGGAGCUAUUGAAAGGGCUCAGGAGUUAGCAAAAGUAAUUCCAAAUGCCUUCAUCCCUAAUCAGUUUUCAAAUCCGGCAAAUCCUGAAGCACAUUAUCUAACCACUGGACCGGAAAUUUGGAAGCAGACAAAUGGCAAGGUUGACAUUGUGUGUUUCGGAGUUGGGUCAGGUGGAACAUGUACGGGAGUCGGUCGUUAUUUGAAGGAGAAAAAUCCAAACAUACAGGUAUAUCCUGUGGAGCCGUACGAAUCAUCUGUCAUUAAUGGGUUGCCGCACACACCACACAAGAUUCAAGGCAUGGGCAUUGGCAUGAUACCGGAGGUAUUAGAUCGAUCACUCUUCAACGAAGCUCUGCGAGUGCAUUCCGACGACGCCAUCGCGAUGGCGAAACGACUCGCACUAGAAGAAGCGAUUUUGGGAGGCAUUUCGUCUGGAGCCAACGUCUGCGCAGCUAUUCAGCUCGCAAAACGCCCAGAGAACAAGGGUAAAUUGAUAGUGACGACCGUGAACAGUUCUGGAGAGCGUUAUUUGUAA